AUGUUCAGCCACGAGUACAUGCUGCGACGAAAUAUCCACCCGAGCGGCGACCUCCCAGCCAAAGUGCUCAAGAACGCCGUCCAUGCGGGCCAUAGCGAGGAGCACGACAAGCACCAAGACCUCUUCAGUCUUCUUCGAGCCGUCUCGAAAGCGAGCCCGAAGAAGGAGCACAACCAUGUGCUCGCGAUGCUGACGCACCUCGCCAACGAUGUGCUGGACGAAAAGAUCGAGCUCAUCAAGCUGAGCUUGAGUGAGGCAGGCGUCGCAUGCCACGCCCUCUACAACAGCUUCUUUCUCAUCAUUCUCUCAGUGAUGUUUUGCGCGCUUACCGUGUUCCUCGUCUCGUUGGCCAUGACCCAGUUCCUCGCAACCUUCUUCCUCGUCUCUUACCUUGACAGUCUCUGGAUCACUACCGCGGUCGCGCUCAUGAUCGGCCUCAUCGUACGCCCGCGCCUCGAGGAUGCAAUAUUGUGA